AUGAAGAAGGGAGACGGAAAGAUUAGAGCAGACAAAAAACUGCAAUGCACAGUGAAAAUUGAAAAUUUUAAGAAAGCAGCUCAAAAGGUUGGAAAAGUAAUUCUUAGUGGACAGGAAAGUGCUAAUAAGAUGCCUGAUAUUUUGUACCUUCUACCAUUUGUUUUCACCUCGACUGUGAUAUUUUUGUUGAUUCAAUAUCUAUUGAAAAAGAGGGAGAAUAGAUAUGCAGAAUCGGUACAAAAUGAGCUGCCAGUCGUAAAUCGUCAACCGUCGCCGCCGCCACCAUCAUCACCAACUUUAACUCGAUCCCAGAUGACAAAAGGGAGGACGGAUGAAAUAGUCGUCGAUAUUUACAUCGAACAAGAAGGUGGAGAUCAUGAAUGCUCUAUCUGUCUAUUUGAAUUCAAAGACCAAGAAUUGGUCCGGUGUCUUCCGGCAUGCAACCACAGAUUUCACUUCGAAUGCAUCAAAACAUGGUUGGAUAUCAGUCAAACCUGCCCAUUGUGCCAUCAGGGUACUGUCAUUGAACCAUGA